AUGGGGGCAAGGGGGCAGAGCAGCCUCAGGAGUUCCAUGCUGUUGGGGGGUCGUGGUGCCAGCUGUGGGCAGGGCUGGCAGGGUGCCCUGGUGCUGACCCUUGCCUGCUGCUGCAGGUGUGGCACCAGCUCGGUGGAUCCUGUGGCCGCGAACCGCCUCAGCUUCAUGCGGAACCGCUGCAGGAACGGCCUCGGCACGGCGAAGGAAGGCGAACCCCACUACGUGGUGGUGCACUGCACAGGCUACAUCAAGGCCUGGCCUCCUGCAGGAGUUUCACUGCCUGAUGAUGAUCCAGAUGCUGGCCAAGGCAGCAAGUUUUGCCUCGUGGCUAUUGGCAGGCUUCAGGUCACCAGCUCCCCCAACUGCACAGACAUGAACAACGUUUGCCAGCCCACGGAGUUCAUCUCCAGGCACAACACUGAGGGCAUCUUCACCUUCAUCGACCACCGCUGCGUGGCCACCGUCGGCUACCAGCCCCAGGAGCUGCUGGGGAAGGACAUUGUGGAUUUCUGUCACCCUGAGGACCAGCAGCUGCUUCGAGACAGCUUCCAGCAGGUGGUGAAGCUAAAGGGCCAGGUCCUGUCGGUCAUGUUCCGCUUCCGCUCCAAGAGCAGGGAAUGGCUGUGGAUGAGGACCAGCUCCUUCACCUUCCAGAACCCCUACUCAGAUGAGAUUGAGUACAUCAUCUGCACCAACACCAAUGUCAAGAACUCCAGCCAGGAGUCUCGAUCUGCCCUCUCCAACUCCAUGCAGAGGCCCCAGCUGGGGCAAAGUGUGAGCCUGCCCCUGGAGAUGGGCACAGCCCAGCUGCCCUCAAGGCAGCAGCAGCCCCAGCAGCAGCCAGAGCUGGAAGUGGUGCCAGGGAGGGAGAGCCUGGCUGGCUACGACCACUCACAGGUUCCUGUGCAGCCUGUGCCAGCUGCUGGCCCUGAGCACAGCAAGGGCCUGGAGAAGGCUGAGGGCAUCUUCAGCCAGGAGCGGGAGCCUCGCUACCCAGAGAUGUACCCUGGCAUCAGCACAGAGCAGAGCAAAGCCCUCCCUGCCAGCUCCGUGCCCGCGGCUCAGCCUCUCUUCCCGCAAGGAAACAGCUUCACCCCUGCGCGGCCUGCAGAGGGCUUCAGGGGCAGCAGCAUGGUGCCAGCUGUGAACAUCCUCCAGCAGCAGCAGCAGCAGCAGCCCUCGGCAGCAGGUCGCAUCCUGGCACAGCUCUCUCGCCACCCCAGCCCGGCCCAGGUCAGCAGCAGCAGCUGGGCCCCGGGGGCACGGCCAAGCUUCACCCCCCAGGUGCCAGCCCAGACGGUGAAGCCUCGGCCUCCUGCCUUCAGCAUGGGCACCUUCCAGGCCUCCUCUUCCUCCUCCUUCAGCCCCAUGGCAGCUCCUGGCUCCACAGCUUCUCCCACAGGGACUCCCUACCCCAACCUGGCCAACCGUGGCCCAGGCUUCACUGCAGAGGCCUCGCAGCCGCCGGCCGCGUUCCCGCCGCGGGCAGCCGAAGGGGUGGGGCUGUGGCCGCAGUGGCAGGGGCAGCACCACGGCGCCGAGGAGCAGGUCCCGCAGGCACCCCCGGGCCAGCCGGAGGUCUUCUCGGACAUGCUGACCAUGCUGGGGGAGCAAGGCCCCAACUACAACAACGAAGAGUUCCCAGAGCUCAACAUCUUCCCUUCCUUCUCGGAGUGAGCAGCCCCAGGGCCGUGGUGAGCAGCUCCAGGGCCGUGGUGAGCAGCUCCAGGGCCGUGGUGAGCAGCUCCAGGGCCGUGGUGAGCAGCUC